ACGGAGCGCAAGUCAUAGCUCUUCCUUCUCCAUUCGGCGGCCGAUCAGUACGGACGUGAGAGUGUAGUUAGCUCGUGCAGUGUAUUUAAGUAUUCGUAAAAGCACGAUCUCAAGUUGUGUUUUUAAGUGUUUACUUUAAAAGAAUUAAAUAAACAUAAAAAAUGGCCGAUCAGGAGAAUAAGGACUUCAGCGAAGAUAUCGCAGAUCAAAAUUUCGAGCAGAACGGUGAAGCAGAGAACGGCGGCGGGGACGCCGCAGAAAAUGGCCCAGAGUCUCAGGAGGACAGGUCAACCGGAGGUAACCAGGAUUCCUUGAAUGAUAGGAAAUUGUUCGUUGGUGGACUAAGUUGGGAAACCACAGACAAGGAACUACGAGACCAUUUUGGGACAUAUGGAGAUAUUGAAAGCAUCAAUGUCAAAACAGAUCCUAAUACAGGACGUUCCCGAGGAUUUGCUUUUAUUGUAUUUGCAAAAGCAGAAUCGCUUGAUAAGAUUAUGGCAGCUGGUGAUCAUGUAAUUAACAACAAAAAAGUUGAUCCCAAGAAGGCGAAAGCUAGGCAUGGUAAAAUCUUUGUUGGCGGUAUUUCAACAGAAUUAUCCGAUGAUGAUAUUAAAACUUUCUUCUCACAAUUUGGAAACAUCGUCGAAAUAGAAAUGCCAUUCGACAAGACAAAGAACCAAAGAAAGACGUUCUGCUUCAUUACUUUCGAGUCUGAGCAAGUAGUAAAUGAACUAUUGAAAACUUCCAAACAGACAAUCAAUGGAAAAGAGGUCGAUGUGAAAAAAGCCACACCUAAACCAGACGGUAUGGGAGGGAUGCGUGGUGGAGCCGGUGGACGUGGUGGCCGCGGCGGCAGGGGCGGGAGAGGACGCGGUUACGGCGGACAAGGCGGCUGGGGUCAAGGUGGAUACGGUGGCGGAUACGGCGGCGGUUACGGCCAAGGCGGUUAUGGCGGUGGCUAUGACGGCUACGGAGGAGGCUACGAUUAUUACGGCGGUGGGUACGGCGGCUAUGGUGGUUACGACUACAGUGGAUACGACGGCUAUGGCUAUGGCGGUGGUAGUUACGAUGGUGGCUACAGUGGUGGGCGCGGUGGUGCACGCGGUAAAGGUUUCCUGUCCUACAACAAAUCUCAUAACUCGUUAAAUCAUCAUUCCAUUAAACCACGCCACUUUCAACAAGAUUAUCAACAACGCAGAUUACUGCCGCAAAAUAAAACGAACCAUCAGGAGUCACGACAGAAACUGUAAUAGCGUCACGUCUUGCGUCUAGCAAUACAUCUGCAUUAUCAAGACAGAAAACAAAAGCAAACAUAUAUACAUAUAUAUAUUAUAUAUAUAUACAUAUAGAUUCACGAUGCUUUCUUCCAUCUCUCGUUUACCCUUUUGUACAAAGUCGAAAAUGCUUCAUGUUUCUCAUUGGUCUCUCAUUUUUCAUCUUAUUUAUCAUUUAAUUUUUUACUGCGAAAUACGUUACGUGAUUCAACGUAAGGCAUUGUCGUCUAGCAGAACGCUGGAUAAAUUUGUUGGGAAUUAUUAAACUCCGAACAUACGGAUAAAUGAUGUAAGUUGACGUUACACCUUACGAUGAAGUAUUGUAACGUAAAUAUGGAACGUUUGUGCAAAUGGGAAAGCAAAAGAUGAUAGGAGAUAAUUUAAAUACAGAUACAUAUUAGGAAGAAUCAAGUUUUCUCCAUCACCAUUUAGGGACUGUUGAGAGACGAGCAAUUUUGUCCCUAUUUUCAACAAUAAGAUUAUUUUAAUUUGUUCGCUAUGUUUAAUCUAAACACACAAUCAUUGUUUAUUAUGAUCGUGUGACAUAUGUAAAAAGAUUAUUGCUUCCUUAUUGAUAAGAGAAAAUAGGAUAAAAUAAAUUCAUUUUGUGUACAUAAAAUAUCUCUCGCGUAUGUUUGUAUUUGUGUUAACCUAUCCUAAUAAUUUAAUUUUCGAAAGGAAAAAAAAAACUAUGAUUUGUACACAAUAUUUUAAAACAUAGCGAACGAACGUCUAUACACUAGAUUUAAAAUAAGACUGACACGGAGGUUUAGUGUGUUUUGUAUUACAAACAAUAUUUUGCUGAUUCUACUACAGUACAUGUAACAAGCUAGAUGUACAUUCUUUCAGUUUUAAUUACACUCAAGGAAUAGCACAUGUACAUUAUAUAUAUCGACGAUUUCAUUCUAGGCAAAGAACAUCGUAAUAAGGUUUUUAAAGUGAAAGAAAAUAUUGUAUUUUUCUCAAAUUCAACACUGUUCCAUGUCACAAAAGUAUUACAUUAAAAAAAUUAGUGUAAA